AUGUCGCAACCUGUUCACCAAAUAGAUUUAUACAAUGAAACUAGAGUAGCUGAGCAAGAACUUGUAAUAAUCUUAGAGAAUGGUACGGAACCAACACCCGUAAGAGCAAUUCGUCGUCCAGAACCUAAAUUAAGAGCUCCGAUACAUGUACCUUUUCCUCCGGCAAUAGAUGCUACCUCAUUAAUUAGAACCAAUAAAGAAGGUGCCCUUCUCGCAAGAUGUACAAAUAAAUUUUUAAUUUAUCGUAAUCAAUUCGCAAAAGAAGUUAGAUCACAAGGGUAUAACCUUUCUAUGAGUGAAGUAUCCUGUUUAGCGGCUCAAGCAUGGAAACAAGAACCAAAUCAUGUAAUUAAAAAAUAUGGUGAUAUCGCUCAAGAGGUUAAAUGGUUACAUAAGCAAUUGUCUAAGUCAGGUUCUAAGAAUAAAAAGAAAGCAUCAUUAGAUUCAUCAUCAAAUUCGUCAAUUUCGGGAUGUGGUGAGGAUGGGGAAUCACAGGAUGGUGAAACAAAAAAACAAAUUUCAAAACAUAAUGUAUUAGGUCGACUUUCGAAUAUUCAAUAUCAAGGAUAUCAUGAUAUGAUAUCACGGGAUGGGCGCCAAGAAACUUUAUCACCAAUUUUAAAUUCAACACCUUUAACACCUUUAACACCAACAUUUUAUUCACCAACAUCACCAUAUUUGACACCACCUCUUUAUUCACCAGGACAACAUCCAAGGAUGUCAGAUGUACUUACAGAUGGACUUUUAACAGGAAGUUAUUAUUCUAAUACGAAUAAUAAUAAUCAUCAAGAUGAAAGAAAUGUUGAUAUUUUAUCAUUAGAUAUGAUAACACCUUUUGAAAUUUCCAAUAAUUAUUGUAAUAAUUAUUGUACACAAGAUCAAUUUUCAAUGAAUAACGGUUGGAUUUAUAAUCAACAAUAUUUACAUGAAGUUUAA